AUGCCUGCCACGGCGUCCCGUGCCGUGCUGCGGCAAUCGCAGUUCCUGACCCGGAGGACCGCAGUCAGAUAUUCCUCUUCCACCUCCCAGGCCGCCUCCAAGGCGACUGAGACCGCCUCUUCCACUGCCUCGAAGGCUCAAGAGGGUCUCUCUCGUGUCAGCUCUUCUGCUGGCCCUGCCAUCUCAAGUGCUGCCCAGGGCCUCGGCAACGCUCUGAAGAAAGUUGGUGGAAGAACCGGAAAAGUUGUCUCCUUCGUUGAAUCCAUGAUACCCCCUACUCUUUACUACUCCAAGGUUGGCCUUGAACUCGGCAAGCUGGUGUUCCGUGGACAGAACAUGACUCCCCCAAGCUCGGCUACUUUCCAAUCCUACUUUCAGCCUCUGAUCAACGCUGUUCGCAACCCUGCUGCCCUCAAGAACACCGCCGUCUCCCCACAAAAUAUCCUUGCCCGCGUCCGCAAUGCCAACAAGAAGGAGAUCGCUCUGGCCGGUGUCACCGCCGCGGAGGUUAUCGGUUUUUUCACAGUCGGCGAGAUCAUUGGUCGAAUGAACAUUGUCGGCUACAGGGGACACGUUGACCACGGACACCACUAG